UUGUACAGCAGAAUGCACGAGGAAGAUUUAGUGUUCAGUCCUCACUGGGCCAAAUAUAGACUCAGUGAAUACGGGACAGAAGGGUUACUGGCUCAUCCUGAAUCUGCCCAUUACACAUGGAGACACACUCAGCACUGCUCGACUUUCCACACAGCCAGAGGAUGAGUUGCAGUUGACCACAAGAAGGAACCUGUUUCACUUUGUCCAGUGCCUCAGUGAUGUGUUGGGUUGGAGGGAGUCAUUUUGUCCGUGCAGGCUGCAGGAUGAAUUGGUAGCAUGUGCCACCUGGACAGUUCCACAACUUUUAUCUUCACCAGCAUCCUCGCUACAUGUUCUCCUCCAUGAAGUUUAACCAUUGUGUGCUGCAGGACAGUCCUGGGAAUGACAAAGAAAACAAAGUGUGGAAAUGGCACAUUCAGGACCCCGCCAGCCAGAGACUGACGUGGAACAAGCCACCAGAAAGUGUCCUCGUCAUCAAGAAGAUCCGAGAUGUCAGUCUGAUUCAGCCUUUCAAAGAGCUGUGUCGCUUCCUCACGGAGGUGAAAAACAUGAUUGUUUAUGUUGAAAAUAAAGUUCUGGAGGACCCAGCUAUUUCAGGUGAUGAAAACUUUGGGGCCAUCUCAAAGAACUUCUGCACUUUCAAAGAAGACUUUGAUGACCUCUCCAAUCGUGUUGAUUUCAUUAUCUGUCUUGGUGGAGAUGGAACUUUGCUGUAUGCAUCUUCCCUCUUCCAGGAGAGCGUUCCACCCGUCAUGGCCUUCCAUCUUGGCUCCUUGGGCUUCUUGACUCCAUUCAAGUUUGACACUUACCAGACUCAGGUCACCCAAAUUAUUGAAGGUAACGCUGCCAUAGUCCUGCGCAGUCGCCUGAGCGUUUGUGUCCUGAAAGAGAAUGGGAAGAAGAAAUCUAAAGUGGAUGAAAAAGGCUUGAUCCUCAUCAACGGAGAGUUUGAAGGAAGCCAAAAAGCCAUGCAGUACCAGGUGCUGAAUGAGGUGGUGGUGGACAGAGGGCCGUCCUCGUACCUGUCCAAUGUGGACCUCUUUCUGGAUGGACACCUAAUCACCACAGUGCAGGCAGAUGGUGUUAUCGUCUCCACGCCCACAGGAAGUACAGCGUAUGCCGUGGCAGCAGGAGCGUCCAUGAUCCAUCCCAACGUCCCGGCCAUCAUGAUCACCCCCAUCUGCCCCCACUCCCUCUCCUUCAGGCCCAUCGUGGUGCCUGCCGGCGUGGAGCUCAAGAUCAUACUGUCACAUGAUGCCAGAAACACAGCGUGGGUCUCAUUUGACGGGAGGAAGAGACAAGAGAUCUGCCACGGAGACAGUAUUACCAUCACUACUUCCUGCUUCCCCGUUCCUUCCAUCUGUUUCCGGGACCCGGUCAAUGAUUGGUUCGAGAGCCUGGCUCAGUGUUUGCACUGGAAUGUGAGGAAAAAGCAGAACUACCUCAUUUCAGAGUAUGAAGAUUUCUGAGGCAGCGAUGUUAGCCAAAGUCUUUGUUUUAGCUUGACCUGCUUUGUGCCCCGCCCACAUUGGUCCUUUCAUUGUCUGAUCAAAAAUCCAUCAGAUUAUUGUUUCCCUGCAGUGACAAAAAACGUUCCUGAGAGGAACAAAAAGCACAAUGAGGAGCUGGAUUCUGUCGCACACACUACAAACGGUGACAGUGGCCAAACUUCACUGCAUUUGGAGAAUUCUUUUUUAUUUUGGGCCGUGUCUCAGCGAGAUACAAUCAGACAACAGAAUGUAAAUAAAGAUAUAGCUGCCAACUAACCACUAGGGGCCAAUGGGACAUAUUUUCAGGAUCAUUCCCUUCAUCCUGUUUUCCUCAAACGUCUGAGCGCAGCUCGCUUUGAACCCACUAAAGCUGGUUGCAUUCUGGCGUGUUGCUUAAACUAAUGGAGUUUGUCCGUGCUGGUGGUCCAGAAUGGGAAGCCUAAGGUUUGGGACGAUCUUAGCUGGUCUAUGGAUCAUUGCAGUGUUUUUGGUCACACUUUUUAAGACAGACAGCAGCCACAUUACUGCUUUCUUUUUACAAAAGCUAAUUUUCUCCUCGUAAAUGAAAACAAGUUUUAUUUUCGAGAAACAUUAAAUCCAUGUUAAGUAAAGAUACUUUUCUAAAAUCAAGAGUAAAGAAAAUCUAAUGUGCAGCCAUUAUCUGUAGAUGUACCUUCUCAAAGAGAUUUACUUGGCCAUAUCGCCCCCUACUGUACGGACUGUGCCUUAAACACUGGUGUAUUGUAAUCUUUGUCUGUUUACAUUGCAUAUAAAUUGUGUGAUUUAAGUGUGUGUGUCUGUGUGUGUGGUGUUUGUUGUAUUGCAGAUGAAUGUGACGGCGGGUUUUUAAAAACCUCUUUAAAGCCAUAGUGUCAGUGUGUGGGUUUUAUACAAACGUCCGGUUUACUGGAACGUGCUGGUUAAUGUGAUACAUCAGAAUGAUGUCGUCUGUUUCAAUUCCACUGAAGGACCAACUGAGCUCCGGAAAACGAUCAUUCCUUCAUCUGUGUUCAUCAAAAUACAUUUGAUAAAUUGUUUAUUAUUAACUAGUUUACAAUCGGUCAUUGCUGAAAAUAAUUUGUCUUUGGUACUGUUUUCCUGUUAAUUCUGUCACUUUGUAUGAAGAUCUUUUAUUAUGUGUCAGAUCAGUGAAAUACGAAACGUUUCAGACAUUCCAGCAGUUUUUCUUUAAUCCAUGUGGUGGCGCCACAAAAACUAUGAAUCAGUGC